AGUACAAUUUCUGGAGUGGGGGUUACACUUAACCCGCCUUUUUAUUCCACAAGCAUGAGGUUUUGCUGCUUUGCUGGUGUUUUAUCUUCAGCUGUGGAUGGCUGAAUGGUGAACUGAGCCGUAGAAAAAAAGAGAGAGCUUCCCUGGCAGGCAUCAUCCCCCUCAGUCAGUCUGACCGCCCACAGUCCGGGGGGAGAAAGUGCUGCUUUGUGAAUGAAGGGAGCGGCGGAGGGCAGGAAACAAAACUUUACCAAAAUUACUUCCGACGGGUGACGAUUUUACAUUCAACUGAGAGGUUUCGACGUGUGCAACAAGCGACACCUGGCCGACAAGGACCAAGAAAAUAUAAAGCUCGCCCGAGCAGGUAUUUCAGGGAAGCUGUAAAUCAUGGUGGUCAGUUUGGCCUGUGCGGCCUGUCUCUGCCUGGUGGUGGUGGUCAGUGGUGACCCCUGCCUCAUCAUCAGCGAGAUCAACGCCGACAACCCCAGACUGGACACCACUGAGUUUGUGGAGUUGUAUCACACCAGCGGACAACGGGCUUCUCUGGACGGCUACACGCUUGUGUUCUAUAAUGGGAAUGGAAACGUAGCCUACAAGGUGCUGGACCUCAAAGGCCACAGCACAGAUGACAGAGGAUUCUUCCUGGUGGGCUCGGUGGACAUGCUGCCCAAACCGGCCAUCCUCCUGCCUCCCAACACAGUCCAGAACGGCCCAGACGCCAUCGUCCUCUACCACACGUCUGCUGCUCGCUACAGUGAGAAGAUGAAUGUCUCCGCCGUCGGGCUGGUGGACGCCGUCGUGUACAUGACUCGCCGUACUGGGGGUGCAGAAUUCCUGGCUGAAACUCUGACACCCGGGGAACCAGCCUUCGUAGAAGAUGAAACAGCACUGGAGGGGGACGAGUCAAUUGAGAGGUGCCUGCUGUCAGAAGAUCGCUGGGGCUUUCAGGUGUCCUCACCCUCCCCAGGUCAGAGGAAUAACUGCACCCCGCCUGCCGCCCCAGCAACCAUUCCUGUCAUUACUGAGCUGAAGCUGGGAGGAGGGCAGGUGGACGGACUUGUGGAGCUAACAGAGGCUCCAGCCGCAGGUCCUCUGGUGCUGGUAGUGUUGGAUGGAAAAACCGACACAGUCACUGUGAGUGUGGACGUGCGUGUGGACACCCCCAGGAAUGGGUUGAUGUCCAAGAACAUAGGGAAGAAGUACAUGAAAGGAGAUGAGUCUGGGGCAGUUGCUAUUUACAGUGGCAGAGCCUCAGACUUCCCCAUGGGCAGCCAGCUGAGCCAGAUACAGCCUCUAGAUGCAUUUGUGUUUGCUGGACCUGGAAGUAAGCCUAGUGCCAACCUCACAGAGACUCUCAUCCCAGGCAGACAGCCCUACCAACUCAGCAACAG